AUUGCCUUUGAAGUAAGGGAUCUAACAUUAAGUAGCCCUAUUUUGAGAUGUGAGGUAUCAUGAUCUCUUUCAGUAAUGACUGGAAUGGAGGUGGUCUUUAUCCUAGUGAGAUUGCUAAGGCGAACACCGCCAUGUUUAGUUUUGCCCAACCUAGGUCGAGGCACAGACACAGUCUCAAUGGUGAUAGCUGAGCUGACUACGCUGACUGCUGGCUAACAGCCUGCUGCCUGGCCUGCACCCUAUUUCAUUGUGGAGCUAGAGGAGUUAGAGCCCUGUCUAUGUUGGUAGAUAAGAUGAGAGCACCCCUCCAGCUAGGAUGGAGUCCGUCACUCCUCAGCAGGCCAGGCUUGGUCCUGUUUGUGGGUGAGUCCCAGAAAGAGGGCCAAUUAUCUACAAAUUCUAUCUUUUGGGAGGGGCAGAAAACAGUUUUCAACCAGCGAUUGAGUUGUGAGACUCUGCUGUAGAGCUCAUCACUCCCCCUAACUGGGAGGGGGCCAGAGACAAUUACUCGAUGCCGACACAUCUUUCUAGCUGAUAUGCACGCAGAAGCUAUGUUGCGCUUGGUGAUCUCUGACUGUUUCAUCCUAACAUCGUUGGUGCCGACGUGGAUAACAAUAUCUCUAUACUCUCUACACUCGCCAGUUUUAGCUUUAGCCAGCACCAUCUUCAGAUUAGCCUUAACGUCGGUAGCCCUGCCCCUGGUAAACAGUGUAUGAUCGCUGGAUGAUUAGUUUUAAGUCUAAUACUGCGGGUAAUGGAGUCGCCAAUGACUAGAGUUUUCAAUUUGUCAGAGCUAAUGGUGGGAAGCUUCGGCGUCUCAGACCCCGUAACGGGAGGAGUAGAGACCAGAGAAGACUCGGCCUCUGACUCCGACCCGCUGCUUAAUGGGGAAAACCGGUUGAAAGUUUCUGUCUGCUGAAUGAGCGACACUGGUUGAGCUUUCCUACAGCAUUUCCUUCCAGAAACCGUGAGAAAGUUGUCCGGCUGCGGGGACUGUGCCAGGGGAUUUAUACUACUAUCUGUACUUACUGGUGGCACAGACGCGGUUUCAUCCUUUCCUACACUGAAAUUACCCUUGCCUAACGAUUGCGUCUGAAGCUGGGCUUGUAGCACAGCUAUCCUCGCCGUAAGGCGAGUACAGAGACUACAAAUAGUAGGCAUCAUGUUAAUGUUACUACUUAGCUUCGGCUGUUGGAGGUCCUGACGAAUCGUGUCCAGAUAAAGCGUCCGGAGUGAAAAAGUUGAGGAAAAAAUAAAUAAAUAUAUGAACGGUAAUUAAAAAGUGAAAACCGUAAAGUUGUCAGGUAGCAAAAUAGGUUGGCAACAAAACGCACAGCAACUCGAAAAACAAGCCUGCAAGUUGUGACCGGAAAUACCCAGAUGGUCCAAUAAACUGUAUGCACCCACACUGGUCAGCUUUGAUAUCCAAGGUCUCUAAUGUUCAGUGUAGCUUUGUAACUGUCUGCUCUGCUUUCACACAGCUCAUUCUACAAAGGGUUAACCUGGUACUAGCUAGAGAAAAAGCGACAGUCUUCUCUUUGUACAUUGUCAGAUGUCGAAGGGGGUAGUGGGCACCCCCUGGUGUCAGGUCAGAUGUCCAAGGGGGGUAGUGGGCACCCCCUGGUGUCAGGUCAGAUGUCCAAGGGGGGUAGUGGGCACCCCCUGGUGUCAGGUCAGAUGUCCAAGGGGGGUAGUGGGCACCCCCUGGUGUCAGGUCAGAUGUCCAAGGGGGGUAGUGGGCACCCCCUGGUGUCAGGUCAGAUGUCCAAGGGGGGUAGUGGGCACCCCCUGGUGCCAGGUCAGAUGUCCAAGGGGGAUAGUGGGCACCCCCUGGUGCCAGGUCAGAUGUCCAAGGGGGAUAGUGGGCACCCCCUGGUGUCAGGUCAGAUGUCCAAGGGGGGUAGUGGGCACCCCCUGGUGUCAGGUCAGAUGUCCAAGGGGGGUAGUGGGCACCCCCUGGUGUUAUGUCAGAUGUCCAAGGGGGGUAGUGGGCACCCCCUGGUGUCAGGUCAGAUGUCCAAGGGGGAUAGUGGGCACCCCCUGGUGUCAGGUCAGAUGUCCAAGAGGGGUAGUGGGCACCCCCUGGUGUUAUGUUAGAUGUCCAAGGGGGGUUGUGGGCACCCCCUGGCGUUAUGUCAGAUGUCCAAGGGGGGUAGUGGGCACCCCCUGGUGUCAGGUCAGAUGAUCUGCGAGGUCCAUCACGAUGGUGAGACGAUUAGGGACAUGUUGUAACGUUGGAGCUGGAGGUUCAGGGACCCUGAGGACUAUGGGGAACCUAGAGCCAGGAGCGGAUUGAUGAUGCCCUAUGUUUAUUGAUGGUGCCUUGUGAGAUUUGGAGUCUGGAGACUUUUUGAGCCGAGUCAGGUAAUUGAGGCUCCAGCUGCUCCAAAGGGGUGAUGUGGUCAUUAGCCCUGGGGGCGAUGUGGACUGAGGGGUGGGGGAGCCUUUUUAUUCAGCCCAACCUUCCUGCCUCAUCAGAGCUGCUGGCUCGUUAGAGCAGCCACUGAGACCAAUCAAUAGAACCAUUAAGUGUAGUGAGUGAAUGGAUUUAACUGGGUGUGAUUGGUCAGAGCUGCAUCGCUUAUAGAAACUUGAAUCUCACUCUCUGUCUCUCUCUGUGUGUCCCCCCCCUCCUUUCACUUUCUCAGUCUUCCACUUUUGCUCUCUCUUUUCUAUCGUAUAAAGGAAGAGAAAGCCAUGGCCAAUUUUCACCCUUUUAUACCUGUCCAUACCCAGCCUCUCUGGGUGUUAGAAUGAUCUGAGAAAGUGGGCGUCCCUUUGUGCCGGAGGGACUUGUGCAGCUCCUCAGUCACACUGACAAUAAGCCCACCUGGCACUCCCAGCUCCCUUCAAGCUGCCAUGCCAGAGUGGCCACAGAGCACUCACCUGCUCGCCUUUGAUUUACUAUGGCUCUCCCCCCCUUUUAUUCCAUGUUAAUUAUCUUAUUCCACAUUAACAUGAGUGAAGGCGGGUUCUAAUAAAGGAAAAAAGGCUCAUUUUUCUAAAAGUGCAGAGCUUGCAAACCUCAUUAACACACUUCAAAAGGAAAUAUAAAACAUUUAUCUGCGAGCAACAGUUUGAGUAAAUUAAAUAAUUUAGUUGCAGUGCUAUUCCCUAAGAUUCUAUUAAGAGCCAUAAAGCUGAGUGAGAGGGAAAAAUCACUGGCUUUUAUCCCCCUUCCCUCACCCUCUCCUACAUCCAUUCUUCUUCCUCCCAUGCCCUCCAUCCCU